GAUCCGGCAGUGACUGUGGCAGCCAGUGGACCCCGAGAGUAGAUCUGGGGGAGUCGCACCUGAAGUAUUUCUCUACGUUUUCUCUCGAUCCUUCCUGACUCUUCCAGCUCAACUUAGUGAGGAAACGUCUCCACCGUCAUGGGAGGCGGAGACCUGAAUCUGAAGAAGAGCUGGCACCCGCAGACACUCCGCAAUGUGGAGAAGGUGUGGAAGGCUGAGCAGAAGCAUGAGGCUGAGCGGAAGAAGAUUGAGGAGCUCCAGCGGGAGCUGCGGGAGGAGAGGGCCCGGGAGGAGAUGCAGCGCUACGCGGAGGAUGUUGGCGCUGUCAAGAAAAAAGAAGAAAAACUGGACUGGAUGUACCAGGGUCCCGGUGGGAUGGUGAACCGGGAUGAGUACUUGCUGGGGCGCCCCAUUGACAAAUACGUUUUUGAGAAGAUGGAGGAGAAGGAGGCUGGCUGUUCUUCCGAGACAGGACUCCUCCCAGGCUCCAUCUUUGCCCCAUCCGGUGCCAACUCCCUCCUUGACAUGGCCAGCAAGAUCCGGGAGGACCCGCUCUUCAUCAUCAGGAAGAAGGAGGAAGAGAAAAAAAGAGAGGUAUUAAACAAUCCUGUGAAAAUGAAGAAAAUCAAAGAAUUGUUGCAAAUGAGUCUGGAGAAAAAGGAGAAGAAGAAAAAGAAGGAGAAGAAAAAGAAGCACAAGAAACAUAAGCACAGAAGCUCAAGUAGCGACCGGUGCAGCAGCGAGGAUGAGCGCAGCUCGGGGAGAUCUCAAAAGAAGAUAGCAAAGUCUUCCUCUGUUUUGUCCAAGGUUCCUGGGUAUGGCUUACAGAUCAGGGAUUCCGACCACAACCAGGCUCCUUUGAUGGCCGAGCCAAAGGGGGCGCAUGGGUGGAAGAAUCACUGCAGGUCCAGAAGUUCCUCCCCCUCCCCUCCCAGACACGCCAGCAAGAAGAGUGCCAGAGAAGCAGCGUCCCGGGACAGGAGGUCUCGAUCCCCGGGCAGAAGGUCACGGUCCCCGAGGCCAAGCAAACUGCACAACUCUAAGGCAAACAGGAGAGAGAGAGGCCGAACUAAGAGCCCAUCACCUAAAAAAGAGGUCUACCAGAGGCGGCACGCACCUGGGUACACCAGAAAGCUCUCAUCAGAAGAACUGGAGCGAAAACGGCAAGAGAUGAUGGAAAACGCCAAGUGGCGGGAAGAAGAGAGACUGAACAUCCUUAAGAAGCACGCUAAGGAUGACGAACGGGAGCAGCGGCUGGAGAAGCUGGACUCUCGGGACGGGAAGUUUAUCCACCGCAUGAAGCUGGAGAGCGCGUCUACCUCCUCCCUGGAGGAUCGGGUGAAGCGGAAUAUCUACUCUCUACAGAGAACCUCAGUAGCUCUGGAGAAGAACUUUAUGAGAAGAUGAAAACCAUUCUGUCUUGCUGACUUUCCUGAAUUUUCCAGGGAAGCUGCUGACCCCUUAAACAUUCUCUUUAUAAGAGUUAAGAGUUCAGGUGACUUCUUCCACAGAUGUCAAACCACCACUAUUCAAAGUGACUCGCCUCCACCGAUUCCCGAAAUAGCUACACCUUUGCGAACUAGUGUGAUUAGCUUUAUGGGACCCUCAGCAACUUUUGCUGGGUGCAGAGUGGAUUUUGACUUUUUAAUGGGUGGGUACCAGACCACCUAAGUGUGAGCGCUCCUUCUGCUCUGAAAGGUUGCUCCCUGUGGUCGAGAUUCUUCUUAUGCCACUUCCCUCCCACCUGUGUGAACACACCUAUCCCUCCACCUCAGUAUAUACGAGACCUUUUAGAAACCUCCCUCUCCAGAGUCACUAAAAUAGAUUGUGUUUAAUGAACAUUUGUUUGACUUAGUAGCUAUGUGACAAUAAUGUCAGGUUAGGGCAGAGCCAAGGGAGUGACAAAGAAUCUAGAAGGGGAAACUAUUUAAAAAUCCCUAAAUGAACUGUUGACCCAUUGGUCUGUCUUUCAAACUGUAAAAGUAUAAUGUGUAUAGUACAAACGGUAAUUUUUACAUGCUUUUUAAAAAAAAAGUUAGCUUUGUGAGACUAUCUUGUGUGGUAAGUGACUUUAAUGGAACCACAUUGUAUCUUGUUAUGGAGUAAUACAGUAAGGUAGGUCAGCUUUCUUUUUCCCUCUGCAAAUCAGGCUAGUUUAGGAGGGGCCUGGGAUCACUGAUGGGAUCUAGGGUGUGUGUCCUUUUACACUGGUUAGUCUUGAUGUGGGACGUGUAGUGAUGAAGUCAAAUGAUUUUUAUGAGUCAGGACCCAGUUGCCAGUGUGCUCCCUGGCUCUUAAAAUAAAAUGGAAGCUGUUGAUUUCAUAGCUUCCCUUUUAUCAGGUAGUAAUCUUAUUACAAUAAUUCUCCAUUUUCUGGAUUUGUUUGUUACUGUUUUUUAGGCCGUUAUUAAAAAACCUAAAAACUUA